AUGGAUAUUUUAAAUUAUAUAAAAAAAAAUUUAAAAAUUAGAAUUGAAACAACAAAUCAAUUAAAUGAUGCAUUAAAAAAUAAAAAUUUAUGUUCUGUUGAAUUUGAUAAUAAAGAAACUUGGUUAUCAAAUACUCCAUUAGAAGAACCAAAUGCAUAUAAAAAUAUUACUCAUCCCUCACAAUUGGAUGGUUUAGAAAAUGGUGAUUACCAUAUCUCCAGUAACUUGGUAGUUUCAAUCCUUAAAGAAAAAUUAAAAGAAAUUGAACAAUUAAAACAAAUUAUUAAAUCAAAAGACUAUGAUAUAAACUAUAUAUCAGCAUAUGGUGAAAGAAAAUAUCCAAAUGGCAGUAAAAAUGAAUAA